UCGAGAUUUUUAAAGCAAUUAUAGUUGGUUAUGCCGUGUCUCUCAGCGCAGCAGGUGUAUCGUGAGAGAUGACAGUCACUUAUACUGCUGAAGUCGCUACCUGCAAAGGUCUCGGUUGCUUUCUAAAAUUACUCCUAAGAUGGCGAGCCAGCAUAUACAAGCUGGUCUGGUUGGACCUAGCCCUGUUCCUCUUCAUAUAUUAUUCGCUUUCGAGUAUCUACCGAUUGAUACUGGACGACGAACAGAAGAAGAUCUUCGAGGCCAUAGUAACAUACUGCAACCAGUACAGCGAUCUAAUUCCUUUAUCUUUCGUCCUGGGCUUCUACGUUAGCAUUGUUAUGACCAGAUGGUGGAAUCAAUAUAUGGUGAUACCGUGGCCGGAUUCGAUCGCCGUUUUCGUAUCGGCAACUAUACACGGGAAUGACGAGAGAGGUCGAUUAAUGCGACGAACUAUCGUCAGAUACGUGUGCGUCUGUUUAACGCUGGUAUUGGCGAUGGUGUCGCCCCGAGUGAAGAAACGUUUUCCCACGUUGGAGCAUUUCGUGGAGACUGGUUUGUUGCUAGAGAACGAAUUGGUCAUAUUCCAAAGUCUGAACGCCAAGUUUCCUAAGCCUAGCAAGCAUUGGUUGCCAAUAGUAUGGGCGUCAAGUAUCGUAACACGUGCGAGGAAAGAGGGCCGUAUUCGUGACGACUUCGCAGUGAAAACGUUGAUAGACGAGUUGAACAAGUUUCGCGGUCUCUGCGGUAGCCUUAUGCACUACGAUACAAUUAGUGUUCCUUUAGUUUAUACUCAGGUGGUAACAUUGGCUGUGUAUACGUAUUUUUUAACGAGCGUGAUGGGUCGUCAGUGGGUGCAGAAUUCAUCCACGUCAACGAUCGAUCUCUAUUUCCCAGUAUUCACGACGUUGCAAUUCUUUUUUUACAUGGGCUGGUUGAAAGUAGCCGAGACACUGAUCAAUCCAUUCGGCGAGGAUGACGACGAUUUCGAAGUGAACUGGAUAAUCGAUAGAAAUUUACAAGUUAGCUACCUUAUCGUUGACGAAAUGCAUCACGAGCAUCCAGAAUUGAUCCGUGACCAGUAUUGGGAUGAGAUAUUUCCUACGGAGCUUCCAUAUACAGCGGCGGCUCAAGCUUUCCGUGAAGAGCAUCCACAACCGUCGACGGCCGGUAUUCAGUUAUCAGCGGCACAGCAAGAGCUUCAACCGUCCACUGCAAGGAUCGAUGACAUGGCGGCCGAUUUCCCGCAAAAAUUUCGUAGCGACAUGGCAGACGAUGCCGAGUCCGGUAUACACUUUACAGCUACUGGAAAAAUGUCAAGAAGUGCGAGCAGAGUGAGCACUCGGGAUCGUACCCUGAGCGGAGGCUCCACUCCGAGCAUAAUCGGAGAUUCUUUGACGAGAGUGAAUAGCGUGACCAGUGUGUUGAAACGGUUAUUCAGCAAGGAUGACAGACCAGACGGUGGCACGUCGAGCGGUACUAAGACUCCCGGUAGACUCGCUACUUCCAGCUCUGCAGCCUCGUUGCAAAAUCGAAUCGUUGCGGGGGGUGGCUCGAUGAGGAUUGGAGUGAUCAAAGAGGAAGCGGACGAGCAGAUGACUUUGGUAUCGAUGAAGUCGGACAAGAAGCCUCACGUGCAGAGCAUAUUUUCGCCAGGGCCACCGCCACCGAGCGCUCCUGUCGCUGUCCCCGGUAUGGAACAUUCGAGAAAUGGAGAGAUAUUCUCGUGCAGCGCUCCUAUAACAGGUGGCGUGUUAGAAGGAAGUAACGGUGAAAGCACCAACGAUAGGCGAUACGCGCCUGAUUCAAGAACGCAAAGGACCACGCAAUCGGCGCGUUCGAGCAUUAUUUAUGAACCGGCAACGAGCGUCGGAAGCGGAAUCGGCAGUGAUCUUAUCAGUACUCGUACCUCGUCGUGUAGUAGCAUCAAUUCUGAUGACGAGUUCUCGAAAUUAAAAUCGAAAAGGGAGAAACAAAGGCGCGAGAAAGUUGUACGAAGACUGGCUAGAAGCACCAGCGGGCAUAAUAGUAAUUUGAUAGAUGAACAUUCGAGGGGCUCCCUGGAUGAGCACCUUCUGUUAACAGAUAUGGCGAAUACGUCGCGUUUAUCUAUGAUGCAUGGAGUAAACGAGGAGGAUAACGGAAAUGAUCGUGUUUAGCAGGAUCACAAAUGGUAUAUCAUUGAAGUUUAAUUUCAACUUGCGAAAGAACGUUGAAAGAAAAUUAAACGUAAUAAAGUAUUUCUGUAUAUGAUAUUUAAAUAAGAAGACUACCGAUCAAUCGAGAGAUCGAAGAAAAGUACUUAAGCGAAUUUUGACGCGCUCUUUUAUCUCUUGUCGAGAUUGAUUCAGAUGAUUCACAAGCUCUAUAUAUAAGGCUAAAUAUAUAUUAGUUUAUAUACGAAUUUUUUUUUACUAGAUAUUGAUAUUGUAUUGAGGAAAUAGAAAGAAAUGAUGGACAUCUAUAUAAGUCAGGUUUAAUCAUAAUUUGUGAUUAAAAAAAGAGUGAAACUACAUAGAAUUAAUUUAGAUGAAAUUUAUAAGCAUUUUCAUUGUAAAAAAAAAAAAAAAAGAAAAAAAAGAAGAGAGAAAAUUACAACAAUGUUUUACAUAUACGUAAAACAAGCAGAAUGUUUGAAAACUUGCUAUUUUAUGUAUAUUGUAAAUCUUGUUUUCCAUUUUGCAAACAAAACUUUUCUAUCCUAUGUAAUUUCUAAAUGUUUAUAUUUAGAAUAAUUUAUAUUAAUAUAUUUAGAAAUAUAUAGAAUGGACAAGAUAUGUUACAAUAUGGACAAGAUAUUUGAUAUUUACUUUCAAUAAAAAAGAUACUCAAAUAUCAUAUUAAACAUCCAAAGAUUACAUAUAUAAGUGCAAACAUCGAAAAUUAUUGUUGCUAUAUUUAAACAAUGAAUUUACUAUAUAUAUAUAAAUAUAUAUAUACCGGUAUACCUCUCACUUCAAAUUCUACGUAUUGUAAAAUGACAAGAAUUAUAAGAUCAUUGUUAUCAAAUAUUGCCUUAUAUAAUAGUUUUCUAUAUUUGCGUUUUAUAAGUGAAUUAUAGCUACCUAAUAUUUAAAAAAAAAAGGCUUAUACAUAUAGAUUAAUUCUUAUUUUAAUUAUAUUAAUUAUUUAACUCUUAUUUUUUACAUAUUAAGUAGUUAUUAAUAUAAAAAAUUUAAAAGAAUUCAAGCAAUAAUUGUUCAAUAAUUUAAAUUAACUAACUUUUUUUCAAAUAUUAUGAUAGAUUAUUUGCACAAGAGAUUUUCAACGAAAUAUAUAAAAAAGUGUUCAGGAUAAAUUAGAAUCUUUGUGGAUUUCAAUUGUUACAAAGUAUUGAAGUGCCUGUCUUGUGCCUAAUCUUAUUCAAUCAAAAGACAAUAUUCAUUUGACAAAUUGUUUAUUGUUAAUUUAAGUUUCAGUUGCUUUGAAUAAUAUGUGAUCAAUGUUAUGCUCAAAAUAAAUAUUUUUACAGUAUACAAUAUACAGUAAUGCGCUCGAGCACGCACAUUCCAGGAAACAAUGAAUAAAUUUAGAUCGAAGACAAAGUCGAUAAAACGAUCGCACGUUAAAUAAAAUUAAUUUGAUAUUUUUCUUACGUUUAUAACUUGUAUUUAUAAUGUCGCACAUAUUUUCGACUAAUUACAGAUGUAUAUGUAAAGAAUAGGAGAGAUAAAAAUUUGAAAGAAAUUUCGAAACGAGUAGCACGUCGAUAAAUUUCAUAUAUAAAGGAAUUAGUAAAAAAUUAACAUAUGAAUUCUGUAUAUCAUGUAUCGUGUAUAUACGCGUGUACAGAAAGAAGCUUAUGUAGCAUAUUUAACAUACUGCCUAUAUAUAGCUUACGUUAGACAAUGCAUCUUUUAUUUUGGAAUUACAUUCCAGGACGUGAAUAAAUCCGAUGGUGCUCAUCGUUUAACAGUAUUACGAUGUACUAGAAAUAAUAUCCUCUUGGAUUGUCAUACAAAAUUUUUCUGAAUAAAUAAAAAAUAUAUAACAAA